AUGAAGCGCGCAUGCGCCGGGAUUGACGGCCGAAAUGAUCACGCGGUGCCGCUCCGCCCCUGCAGCACAUCACCUGUCUGGUACAAGCUGAAAAUGUCCAAAGGAGAAAAGGAAGGCUUCAUUGUGAAGUUUGUGGAGAGUAAAGGAUCAAAAACAGAGUAUACUGUUAAAGCAUAUGAGUCAAUAUUGGAGCUGCAGUCUGAAAAGUACUUGAAAACCGUCAAGGAGGAAGAUGUUUUACAAAUGGAAAAGAAGGAAAAGUCUUUGUUUGUAUUCAGCGACUUCACCACUCCAGCCUUUCUGCACUGCCACAAGCUGGGCUGUAGAGUUGUGAGUCCCCUGGUUGUGUUAUACUGCCUGCAGCAACAGCGUUGUGUUCCCAAGGCGGAGAAGCCUGUGUAUAACAUGGCUAUGGCUGACAUUACUAUCUCCUGCACCAGCCUGGACAAAUCAACAAGGGCAGAGGUGAUGGAUCUGGUGCAACUCAUGGGUGGACGGGUCUAUCUCGAUCUUAAUGUGUCUGUCACACACCUGAUUGCAGGAGAGGUGGGCAGCAAAAAGUACCUUGUGGCUGCCAGUCUGGGUAAACCCAUCCUUCUCCCCACGUGGGUAAAAGCCUGCUGGGAGAAAUCACAGGAUAGUCUUUUCAGGUACACAGACUUGCCCAUGGAGGACUAUCUCUGCCCGGUGCUGCGUGGCUGUACUGUGUGUGUUACAGGCCUCUCUAGCACAGACCGAAAAGAGGUGCAGCGGCUCUGUGAGCAGCACGGAGCCGCCUACACCGGCCAGCUCAAAAUGAACGAGUGCACACACCUUAUCGUUAGUGAACCAACAGGUCAGAAGUACGAGUGUGCUCGAAAGUGGAACGUGUACUGCGUGUCGUUACACUGGCUCUUUGACAGCAUAGAGAAGGGCUUCUGCCAAGAUGAGAGCAGGUACACUGUGGAGCGCAGUGCAUCAAAAUCCACACGACCACACACUUCUACCCCUACGGGCACCAGCAAGAAAGAAGAGGGCCCAUCUUUGUUGGGUUUGAGCAACAUUUCCGUCAGUGCCAGCAUGACAGUAAAUGACACAACUUUCACUAAUGCCACUAUCAGCCGACUGGAGACACCAGACCCCAUAGAUAGUUUGGACCUCACUGUGUGCCCAGCUGAUGAUGUACUGGAUGGAUGUAAGCUGUAUUUAUGUGGGUUUCCGAUGAAGAAGGCAGAGAAGCUGCGGCGUCUGGUGAACACUGCUGGAGGUCUGCGCUUUAACCAGCCCAGUGAGGAGCUCACGCAUGUGGUCAUGGGAGAACUGGACCAGGAGCUUGUGAAAUUUCUCUCUAAGGCGACUCAUAGGCCCUAUGUAGUGACAGUGCAGUGGUUGCUGGACAGCUUCUCUAAGGGCACUUUGCUCCCAGAGGCAGAAUACUUCCACUCAGACUGUCCUCCUCCUGCUUCAUCUGCCGUGUCGGUGCCAGCUCAUCACACACCGAAAAGCCGCCCAUCAGCCGGUCCGGCCGCUGCCAGUCCCAGCACUCCCGCUCUAAAGAGGGCCGAGGAGGAUUUACUCUCACAGUACAUGGACGAUGAUGUAACAGUAGUCAGUAUGCCUCCACCAGCAGCAGAGGGUGACAGCAGGAGGUCCAUCAGUACGGCUGCUGAGCCACAGCCUGAGCUCUGGGCACCCAACAACACCAGCGAACGUGAGCACGAGCCAGUCCUGCAGGAAAGCAGCCAGGCGGGCAUCUUUUUCCGGAAGUCUUUCCUUCUGUUGGGCUUUGACUCUGAGGCUGAGGCGCAGCUCUCUGCGCUGGUGAUGGAGAAUGGAGGCAAGGUGCUGAUGGGCCACACCCGUGUCGUGGCCCACUACGCAGUGGUGCCUCUGCUGGGCUGCUCCGUCGAAGCCACAGUGGAUGAGGUGGUCACAGACACCUGGCUGGCCAUGUGUGUGGAGAAGGAGUGUGUUCUUCAGUUGAACUCUAACCCUUUAUUCACCCCUGUUCCUGUGAGAGAGGGCCAUUUCCCUCUUAAAGACUGUGUUCUCUCAGUCAGUCAGUUCACUGGAGCAGAGAGGGAGUCUUUGGUGGAGCUAGCUAAGCACAUCGGAGCCAAUGUGCAGGACUACUUUGUGCGCCUGGCCAACCAGAAGAAAGGCAUGCUGGCCAGCACUCAUCUAGUUUUACAGAGUCCUGAGGGCACAAAGUACCAGGCAGCAAAGAAAUGGGGGCUUCCGGCUGUUACCAUGCACUGGAUUCUUGAAUCUGCUCGAACAGGCCAAAGAGCUCAAGAGGAGCGGUAUCUGGUGGACCUGCCUGUGUCACCAGAGAGAGAUGAAGAGAGCUUCAUUGGUGGUUCCCAAAAACCGGCUCAGCGUCCACCCGCGCAUUCUCCCGAAAUCCCUUUGCUGGGCCCACAAAGUGGGAAAGCCGUCACACCGCUGGACUUGGGUCGCUUUCAGAGCAAAGUGUUCCGCUCGGUGUUGGAUGAGAUGAAGCCUAAAGCGGAACUGAACACCCCCAGUCAAAAGCCAGCGAGUGGCAGGAGGGUCGCGCUUCAGAAGGAGCCCUCCCUGCAGCUGGACACGCCCUCUCGCUUUCUCAGCCGAGACCAACUCUUCGGGCCAUCCUUUAAUGUCAAGGAUGCGCUCGGAGCUUUGGAAACUCCAGGGGGGAAGCCGGGAGGGAGGGUGGAGACUCCUCUCACCGACGUUGUCAACAGGAACCUGAAGGUGGCUCUGGCCAACAGCUCGCGCGGCAGCGCCUCAGAUCUGGAAGCAGUCUCUGCCAGCCCCCAGCUCACGAAGCCGCCUGAGAGGGAGGUACCGCAAAGAGAAAGUGGACCCCUGACGGGUGUCGUGAUCUGUGUGGGGAAGAAGCUGAGCCAAGUGCAGAGUGAGCUGAACGCUGUCGCCGCCUCUCUUGGAGCCGAUUUU